AUGGGCAUCGCAGCCGUGGGCCAGCUGUGCUCAACAGCGAGUAUGGCUACGAAUCUGGCUCAAUGCCAAACACUGGUGCGCAAAGCAGUUGCAGCUGGCGCUAAAGCCCUUUUUCUUCCCGAGGCAUCGGACUACAUUGGCUCCUCAGCUGCUGAGACCAUAUCACUUGUUCGCUCUGAGCAGGAGAGUGAGUUUGUGUUGGGACUUCAGAAAGAAGCCCGACAAGCUGGUCUACCCAUCAACGUGGGUAUUCAUGAGCCUGCCUCUGAUGGUCGUGUGAAGAACACUCUUAUCUGGAUCGAUGAAAAGGGUGCCAUCACGCACCGCUAUCAGAAGAUCCAUCUCUUCGAUGUAGAUAUCGACGGUGGGCCAAUCUUGAAAGAAAGCUCAAGUGUUGAAAAGGGCAUGGGAAUACUGCCCCCGUUUGAGACACCUGUAGGCCGUGUUGGACUAUCCAUAUGUUUUGAUUUACGAUUCCCCGAGAUAAGUCUCGCUCUGAAACGGCAAAAUGCCCAGAUCAUCACAUAUCCGUCUGCAUUCACUGUUCCCACGGGGCGUGCGCAUUGGGAGACAUUGUUGCGUGCUAGAGCAAUUGAGACCCAGUCCUACGUGAUAGCAGCAGCACAGGCUGGUCCGCACAAUGAGAAACGAAGAAGCUAUGGCCACUCGAUGAUUGUGAACCCUUGGGGAGAAGUCGUGGCACGACUUGGAGAUGAAUACCAGGAACCGCAGAUUGCGGUUGCUGAUAUUGACAUGGACCUCCUGGCCAAGGUUAGGACAGAAAUACCGCUGCUUAGGAGGACAGAUGUCUACCCAGAAGUGUAG